CCCCGCUCCAUCCCUCCUCCCUCCUCCUUCCCGCAGCCGCACCGAGCCACAGACCGCGGCGGGGCCGGGCAGGGCCGCACCAUGACCGAGACCACCAAGACCCACGUUAUCCUUCUGGCCUGCGGCAGCUUCAACCCCAUCACCAAGGGCCACAUCCAGAUGUUCGAGCGAGCCCGGGAUUACCUGCACAAGACGGGACGCUUCAUCGUCAUCGGUGGCAUCGUCUCGCCCGUGCAUGACUCCUAUGGGAAGACGGGUCUGGUCUCGAGCCGGCACCGCCUGACCAUGUGCCAGCUGGCUGUCCAGUCCUCUGACUGGAUCAGGGUGGACCCCUGGGAGUGCUACCAGGACACCUGGCAGACCACCUGCAGUGUGCUGGAGCACCACCGUGACCUGAUGAAGAGAGUGACUGGAUGCAUCCUCUCCAAUGUCAACACGCCCUCCAUCACCCCUGUGAUUGGCCAGCCCCAGAAUGAGUCCUCGCAGAACAUCUACCAGAACAACAACAACGUCUCCAACAAGCCCACUGCAGCAAAAAUCCUGGGGAAGGUGGGAGAAAGCCUGAGCCGGAUUUGCUGUGUUCGCCCACCCAUGGAACGCUUCACAUUUGUGGAUGAAAAUGCCAACCUGGGGACAGUGAUGCGAUAUGAGGAGAUCGAGCUUCGCAUCUUACUGCUCUGUGGCAGCGACCUGCUGGAGUCCUUCUGCAUCCCUGGUCUCUGGAACGAGGCGGAUAUGGAGGUGAUCGUCGGGGAGUUCGGGAUCGUGGUGGUGCCCCGGGAUGGAGCAGAUCCCGACCGGAUCAUGAACCACUCCUCCAUCCUCCGCAAGUACAAAAACAACAUCCUGGUGGUGAAGGAUGACUCAAACCACCCCAUGUCGGUUGUCAGCUCCACCAAAAGCAGACUGGCCCUGCAGCACGGGGAUGGACACGUUGUGGAUUACCUCUGCCAGCCUGUCAUCGACUACAUCCUCAAGAGCCAGCUGUACAUCAACGCCUCUGGCUAGGAGCCAGAGGCCUUGCAGCGAGACAGCCCUUGUGUCCCGCCUACCUGCAGCUCUCCAUCACUCUUUUUUCUCUCUCUCAGUCCGUGUCUCCAUCUCUCUCCCCAUCCCAUGGCCUCCUGCCUGUGUCUGCCUCUCACCCCCGGCACCAACACUCCAUUGUGCAGCAAUGUCCAGGGAACAGUUUGGUCUCUUUUUUGGGGUACUGCCCUGCCCUGCACACGUGGGGAGGGAGGAGGAACCGGUACGAGAGCGAUGUGCUCGGUGUGCUCAAGGGGAGGCUGCCCCGGCACCCCCUCCCAGCAUGUCCCUGGGAAAAGGCCCCCUGGUCCGUCCUCCCAGCAUGCUCAGAGCAGGGGCUACCUCUUCUGCAUCAUCUUACAGAACUUAAGCUCAAUAAAUCUAGGUGCAUUUUUUUUAUGCAAUAGUUUUAGUGCAAGCCCUUUGAGCCUCUCGACCCAGUGACCAACCAAACCCUGGUUGGCACCGGCUUGGUGCCUCAUGGCACGUGAGCCUCCCAGACCGGCAGUAGGACAGCCCAGCUAACCAAAUCCUCCUCCUGGUCCCGAAAAAUCAUGGAGAAGGGAGCAGAGGCCUUGGCAAUCAUCGCUGCCAAAGCAUUGCAGGGAGAAUGUCAUGUCUCACCUUCCCUUGGCUGCAAGAACUCAAGCCACUCCCUGGGUGACUUGAGUUGGGGUGAUGUUCUACUCCAACCCAUAGCACCUAGAAAGGGAUCUGCCACUUAUGGAGCCGAGAAAUGAGGUAGAAAGAAGCAGGUAGUGAGCCAAAACCUCUGGUGACAAUUUUCCCCAAAGCUGGUUGGGUCCAUCACCAUCCUCUGGCCUUCAGAUCACUAUUUCUGUCUGUAAACUUCCCCCUUCUCCCACCUCUCUGACUCUCUUCCUCUUCUUGAAGAGUUCAUUAAAUGCAUGAUACUUUCCCCCUCCCAAA